UGAAGCGAAGGCAUGCGAGAGCGCGGAAUUGCUCUGCUCUGGGCACACGUCCAAAGUAUGGAGAGCGGCGCACAAUGGCCCCAAAGAAAGAAGCAGACGGAGCUGCUGGGGUUACGAACAGGUGGCUGCAGCGCUACGGGGACUCGGGAAGCGCGCUAGGCUACGUUCAGCGUUUAUGUUGCUUUAGUUUUCGAAAAUAAUAAUAAUAUUAUAAUCAUGUGCUGUUGUUGAACAUUAGUAAGACUUUUUUUAACCUGUUAUUAUUGUCUCACUCAUUUUUGUAGUAUAUACCGACGUGUUUUUUAGAGCAGGACUCCACUCAAGAAAGACAGUGUUAUUUUCUUUAAAAAUCAUCGUAAAGACGGUACGUGAGCAUAAAGGGAAAUGAACAAUUAGUUAACUUUAUUUCAUUGUUUUUCCCCCACUUUCGGAACCGUAAAUCGUAGUUUCUGUUUCCGGCCGUGCAAAUAUAGCGGUUGCGUCAUGGAGCCCAACGAUGGCGCGAGCGUGAAAACGACCAAAAUGACAAAGGCGAAUAAGAAAGUAAUUCGGAAGCAGCUAAAAGCCAGCCACACGUUACUGAAACAUGAAGGUAUCGAGACGGUGUCGUACCCAACUCAGAAUUUGGUGGUGGCAAACGGGGGCCUAGGCAACGGCGUGAGCCGGGAACAGCUGCAGGACAUCCUGAAAGGGAGCAGCUCCGUCAAGUGCCUUCUCAUGCCACCCAACAAACCGUACGCCUUUGUCACAUAUGGCUGCACGGAGGACGCCAGGCAGUGCCACGCUGCCCUGAAUGGCAGGCAGCUGCAGUGCCAGGGACGCACUGUCACCUUGUACCUCUCCUUUGUGGACAAAGUAGUAGAGUCACAUGUCGGGAUGAAAGCAGAAAUGCCUCCUGGGUUGAAAGUGCUGGAGGACUUUGUAUCUCCGGAGGAGGAGGUCCAGCUCCUGGAGGCUGUGGACUGGUCCUUCUGCGAUGAUCCUGGGGAUAAUACAAUACAGAAAACUCUGAAACACAGAAGAGUGAAGCACUUUGGCUAUGAGUUUCGAUAUGACAACAAUAAUGUGGACAAAAACAAGCCAUUAUCUGGAGGCCUUCCUGCAGUUUGCCAUCCUGUGCUGGAGAGGUGUCUCAAAGAGAAGCACAUCAGCAUCUGGCCAGACCAGCUUACGGUGAACCAGUAUCAACCUGGACAGGUUCUGAUGUCAUCGACAGGUAUCCCUCCCCAUGUUGACACCCACUCAGCCUUUGAGGACACAAUCCUCUCCUUAAGUCUUGGAGCAAAGACAGUGAUGGAUUUCCGGCACCCCGAUGGACGCUCUGUCGCCGUGGUACUACCUAGGCGGAGCCUGCUGCUGAUGAAGGGCGAGAGCCGCUACCUGUGGACGCACGGCAUAACUCCCAGGAGGCUUGACAUAGUUCCCGCCCGUGAUGCAGAGAGGUCCGUGGCAGUGACCCCUGACCCUUGUGACCUGACCUUGAACGAACGAGGCACCAGGACAUCGUUCACCUUCAGAAAAGUGCGACACAUGCCCUGUGAUUGCGCAUAUCCCUCCACUUGUGAUAGCCAGCGCCCCCUGGAGGUGCCCCAGCGUUUCUCCCUCCCUUGCACAGAUGUGGAUGCCGUUCAACUGGAGAUGCGCUUUGUGCACACGGUGUACGACGAGAUUGCCGGCCACUUCAGCCGUACGCGCCAUUCACCCUGGCCUCGGGUUGGGGACUUCCUGCGCUCACUGGUCCCCGGUGCUGUGGUGGCUGAUGUGGGCUGUGGCAAUGGGAAGUACCUGGGCAUCAAUCCUGCCGUGUUCACAUUGGGCUGCGAUCGCAGCCACAGCCUGGUGCAGAUCUGCGCAGACCGUGGGUUCCAGGCCUUCACAUCAGAUGCACUGGAGGUCCCACUCCGCAGUGGCGUGUGCGACGCCUGCAUCUCCAUCGCCGUAAUCCAUCACUUCUCCACACAGGAGCGAAGGCUUACUGCUGUUAAGGAGCUGGUUCGACUCCUGAAACCUGGCGGAAAAGCCCUGCUCUAUGUGUGGGCGCUAGAACAGGAGUACAACCGGCAGAAGUCCAAGUACCUGAAAGAACGAGGUGUGGGUCCAGUGGAGGGGGUGGAGCCUGGCAGUGUGGGACAGAUGGACACCACUGCUGCCCGUACAGUGGGCACUAGUUCCAGUGCAGCAAAAUCCAGCCAGCCUGAGCUGAGCAUCCACAGGAACCGCACAGCGUUCGGCUCCCAGGACCUGUUGGUUCCCUGGCACCUCAGAGGUGGCGUGCAGAAGGAAGGCCAGGAGCCCAGCCACAUCGGGGAGAAAGGCGCGCUGCUGGCGUCGGGGAGCACCCCUGUUUACCACCGCUACUACCACGUGUUCCGCGAGGGGGAGCUUGAGGAGCUGUGCAGGAAAGUGAGGAACGCGACCAUUGAGACUAGCUACUAUGACCAGGGCAACUGGUGCGUUAUUCUGGAGAAGACUCUGUGAUGUGUGGUUUGGCUGAGACCAGAACUGAAGAUAAACAGGGCACCAGUGCAACAGAGUACAAUGAUGUUUCAUCAGUUUAAAAAAGAAAACGAAUAAAGAGCGAAAUCCAUUGGCA